ACUCAAACGCUCGGUUCGGAAGUGAAUUAAAAAAAAUAAAAUCAAAUCCAUCUCAACCGGAUAUUCUGUGUACUCAAGGAUUUUUUCUUCCUAUCAUGUUGACGUGGCAAUUAUGGUGUACCUUAUUGUGUAUUUUGUGGUUCUAUUUUCUAUGGUCACGUCGCAGAUUCUAUCGGCUAAUAUUCCAAAUACCUGGGCCACUGGGUUAUCCCUUAGUUGGCAUGGCACACAAGCUGUUAAAUAAGGAAGAUGUGCUACCCGUAUUUAAACAUUAUUUGGAUAAACAUGGAUCUCUCGUAUUUUCUUGGCUGGGUCCCAUGCCAUUUGUGCUCGCUAGUGAUCCUCAACUGGCACAGGAGAUUUUGAACUCACAGUAUUGCGUUGACAAGUGUCUUAUCUACAAGGCAAUCGAUGAUGCCUCUGGCCGAGGUUUAUUCAGUUUGAAAGAGCCUCAUUGGAGUGCACAUCGGAGAUUGAUAAAUCCAGCGUUUGCACUUAAAGUACUUCAGAGUUUUUUGCCUAUUUUCAACGCCGAGACAACAUCCUUGCUCAAGGUGGUAGAUCCAUUAGUGGAUUGUGGUGAACAGAACUUAAUACCAUUGAUGCGAAGCUUGGCCUUGAAUAUUUCUACUCAAACCACAAUGGGCAGUGAAGUUAAUUGUAGUGAGAACAUUAAAAACAUCAAACUACUCGAAGCUUAUCGUAGUCUUUUGGAAACCAUGACAGAUAUGUGCCUUUCGCCCUGGCUAUUCAGUAGAACAGUGCGUCAACUACUGGGUAGGGAGAAGAAAUAUGCUAAGGCCAAGUCGCAGAUAAACGGAUUCCUCUUCAAGUUAAUCGAAUCGAAAUUGGCAAAGGGUUCUGAAGCUCAUCUAGAAACAGAGGAGGACACGAAUAUAUUUCUAAACCUAGCCACUGAUUUGGUACAUCGUGGAAUCUUUACCAAACAGCAGGUAAAAAAUCAUUCGGCUAACAUUGUAUUUGCCGCAUUUGAGACAACAGCUAAUACGGUAGUCUACACACUGAUAUUACUCGCCAUGUUUCCCGAGUAUCAAGAGAAGGCGUUUCAAGAGCUUCGCUCAUUAUUUCCAAACACGGGAGACUUUGAAGUUACUUACAGCGAUACCCAGAAUAUGGUUUAUUUAGAUUUAAUUAUGAAUGAAUCGAUGCGAGUCUUGGCUCCAGUUCCAAUUAUAGCACGGCAAACUAUGCAGGAUGUACGUCUUUCCAAUGGAGUUGUUAUACCAAAAGGUGUUCAGAUUGCUGUGGACAUAUUUCACUUGCAUCGCGAUAAGAAAGUUUGGGGAGAAAAUGCGGAAACCUUCAAUCCAGAUCAUUUCCUGCCCAUUCACAUGCAGGAUAGGCAUCCUUAUUCGUUCAUACCCUUCACAAAGGGAAUACGCAACUGCAUAGGUUGGAGAUAUGCUUUAAUAUCGAUCAAAGUGAUUUUGGCGAAAUUGCUGAGGAAUUAUAAAUUCUCGACCAGCUUUAAAUUCGAAGAUUUCGAAUUUGUUGAGGGUAUAACUUUGGAGUUUAAGACUGUGCCCUUAUUGGAAAUUCAACGAAGAAAUUGCUAUUAUGGUGCACUUUAUUCUGUGUUUUGUGGUUGUAUUUUCUGUGGACAAUACCUUAUAAUACCUGGACCAAUUGGUUAUCCUUUAAUAGGGAAGGCAUUUUAUCAAGGAUUCUUUUUGCCAAACAUGUUGUCCUGGCAAUUAUGGUGUACUUCUUUAUUUCUUUUGUGGGUCAUUUUUUUGUGGACACGACGCAAAUUAUAUAGUUUAAUGCUUCAAAUACCAGGGCCAGUUGGCUAUCCCCUAAUUGGCAUAGUGCACAAGAUCCGCCAUAAGGAAGAUGUACUUCCUGUGCUCAAACACUAUUUGGAUAAAUACGGCUCAUUCGUAUUGACUUGGCUUGGUCCCAUGCCAUUUUUGAUUGUUGCCGAUCCCCAAUUAACACAAGAUGUCUUGAACUCGCCGCAUUGCGUUAACAAGGGCAGUUUCUAUAAAGUAGUCGAAGAGGUUGCCGGCCUUGGAUUAUUCAGCAUGAAAGAGCCUCAUUGGAGUGCGUAUCGGAAGUUGUUUAAUCCGGCUUUUAGCCACAAGAUGAUACUCAGCUUUAUAUCUAUUUUUAACUCAGAGGCAGCAUUUUUGCUGAAGACUGUAGAUAAAUCGGUGGAUUGUGGGGGACAGAACUUAAAACCAUUGAUGGAAGAUUUUUCUUUGAGCAUAGCGAGUCAAACUAUACUGGGAGGAGAUGAGCACAUUAGAAGCAAUAAUUUGAUCGAAGCUUUCCAUGGUAUUGUGAAAUCCAUAACAGAUAUGGGCCUUUCGCCCUGGUUAAUAAGUGAAACGAUGAGGAAACUACUGGGCAAGGAAGAACAAUUCUCUAAAGCCAAGUCGCAGAUAAGUGGGUUCCUCGUAAAGUUUAUCGAUUCAAAAUUGACAAAGGGUUCUACAGCGCCGGAAGACGAUAUACUUAUAAAUCUAGGCAUUGAUAUGAUGAAUCGUGGAAUGCUUACCAAAGAGGACUUGCAAAGCCAAUUAGGUAUCAUAUUAUUUGCUGCAUUUGAGACUUCAGCUAACACGGUGGUCUACACACUGAUGUUGCUUGCUAUGUUUCCCGAGUAUCAAGAAAAGGCGUUUCAAGAGCUUCGCUCAUUAUUUCCUAAUCCGGGAGACUUCGACAUUACUUAUGCCGAUACCCAGAAUAUGGGUUAUAUGGAUCUCGUUCUUAAUGAAUCGAUGCGUCUCUUGGCCCCAGUUCCAAUUAUCGCAAGACAGACUAUGCAGGAUGUACGUCUUUCGAAUGGAAUUGUUAUUCCCAAAGGAGUGCAAAUUGGUAUAGACAUAUUUCACUUGCAUCGCGAUAAGAAAAUUUGGGGGGAAAAUGCGGAAGCAUUUAAUCCCGAACAUUUCCUGCCCCAUAACAUGCAGGACAAGCAUCCCUAUUCAUUCAUACCCUUCACGAAGGGAAUACGUAACUGUAUAGGUUGGAGAUACGCUUUAGUAUCCAUCAAACUUACAUUAGCGAAAUUGUUGAGAAAUUAUAAGUUCUCGACCAAGUUUAAAUUUGAAGAUCUUGACUUUUUUGAGGAUUUAACUUUGGGGUUGAAGACCGUACCCUUGCUGGAAAUUCAAAGAAGAGAUUGCUAAUGUAAUAUGCCAUUAAUUAUUUAAUAUUAUUCAAAUUCGAUGUACAAAAGGUAGAUCAGCUAUCGAUAUUAUGAAUCAACAGUUCAAAUGUUCCAAGGAACACAGUGAGACCUUAAACGACAUAAUACACUUUUUGGUAUAUAAAUACUAAAAAAUAUUUGCUGUACAACUUUCAAUCAAUUUUGCUUUGCCUAUGAAAUUUCACUAGGUUGCAAUUUCACAAGUUUACAGAACAGAACAGUUGAUUAAUUCAUAAAAUUUGUAAAUAAAUUAGUA